AGCACCGUCCACUCACUCACUUUACUUUCAUUUACUCCGGACUUUAGAAGCACCACACGUUUUCUUAACACUCCUUCAAGCCACGAUGGAUUAUUGCUAUUUCUUUUUGUUCUUUUGUUUGCUGAAUUCCCUGCUCGACGUCCGGGUGUCCGGAUGCGAUGUAAACUGUGCAGAUACGCCUAUUUUCAGUCUGUCCAGACUGGUGGUGAGGCACGGCGACCCAGCAUCUGUCACAUGUGUAGCUUGUCAGAAGAACUGCACUGAAGAGGAUGUUGGUUUGGAAACAUCUGUGGGAAACGCAGUGCAAAAUGGAACCACAUUGUCAUGGACGGUUAAAAGCAUGACUGAAUGGAGCGUAAAAAUGCUGUGUUAUUAUAGGACCACUGAUGUUGAGCAGUGUUGCACUAAACUCCCUGUUACUGUAUAUCAGCCUCCAGAUAAUGUGUCCAUCAGCCUUGCAGGACACGCUGGACCGAUGCGCGAGUCUAGCCAGUACACACUGCAGUGUGACGUACAGAACGCAGCUCCUCUUAGAAACCUGACAGUGACCUUCUACAAAGGCCAGACAGUACUGGAUCGACAACAAUCCACCAAAACCAUUAUAGAAGAAAAGAAACCAGCCGAUGAGCAGUUCACCUGGGACUUUACUGCCAGUAAAGAAGAUAACGGGAUCCAGUUCUGGUGUGAAGCAGAGCUGGAACUGGGACCUGACGGACCGCAGAUCCCUCCAGUGGUGAAGUCAGGAAAACUCACUGCCACAAUUCACUAUGGACCUGAACUGAAGCAGUCUGCAAAUCCAGACACAAUCACAAUUAUAAAAGGAGAAACUCUACAUCUGGACUGCUCUGCUGAGGGAAACCCCGUCCCCUCAUACAACUGGACGCUCCCAUCGGGUGAUUCUUCCUACAGCGGCAGUGUUCUCACCAUUGAAUCUGUGGGUUUUGACCAUGGAGGGCAGUACGUUUGUACUGUUGGCAACAGCGUGAAAUCAGUCCAACUGAAUUUUACCGUGGCUGUCCAAGUUAACCCCCUGUACUACAUUAUACCUAUAGUCAUUUCAUUGGCUGUUUUGUUGGCUGUUAUAGUGAUAAUUGGAUACCGGCAUUGCUAUAAACAGAAAAGAAUGGGUAAGUACAACUUGAAGGAUGUUUUCCGAUUUCAAAAGAAGCACAGUUUGGUACCCACUAUAGAGUAAAUGGACGUCCGUGUGGAUGGACAAAUCUGGACCUGGGGGCUGUGACCUUUUCUGCAGACAAUGGUACAUGAGGGCUGUAGAGAUACUGAAAAUCAACACCAUCUCCAGUUUGUGGGUGGAUCAGAAAAUAAUCUGGAGCCUCUUCGUCCAAACUUCAGUACUUAUCUGUCAUACAAACACUUUCCUCAGUUUUGAAGCCAGAGGUGUCUGUUGUUAUUUCUUAUUUCGUGUCUUGAUAUAUUGAGUUAAAAGAACAGGUACUCUAGAAAAGAAUAUUUGAUCCAGUCAUUUGGUUCCCAGAGAUAUAUAUAUAUUUUAAAUUAGCCUUUUUAUAAAUGUUACACUAAAUAAAACUGGAUUGUAUUUUGAUUGAAAUGACAGUUUUGAACUGUUUUUAAAUUAUAAAGACAUGGACUGAAUUUGACAAAUACAUAGGCACCAGAGUGUGGCUACUGUUUGACUCUAAGCUGGAUCCUUUCAUGGGUGCUUCGGCCUCCACCGUCCAAAAACAAGCAAAACCCUGAAUGUGAAACAACAAUGCUUUAGUUUGCUCUUGUGCCACCGGCAUGCAACUGCAAUUUUAAAGUGUCGAUAAAAGAAUAUCUGAUAUAAUUAUAAGCUACGUUAUGAUAAUGGCUGUACAUGUCAUGCUUUUUAUUAUGUCGUUUUAACGAUUUUGCAAAACAGAUCAUAUCUUGGAACGUUGAAGAAAAGACAACUAGUUGCUGAGCACCAGAAGCAAUGUGCACAUUUUUGCUGAAUAUACUCUGUCUUAUAUUUUUAUGCAAUGAUGAAGAUGAACUGUAUUAGUAAAUGCACUGUAAACUGAAACAUUAGGAAUGAAGUGUAAGCUGUAACAAUGUUAAAUGGGUAUUUAAUAUAAAUAAAUGUCUUUUUUUACAUACAAA